AUGAUCGAACGGCGGACGAGCUGGCUCUUCCGGGAUGUUUGCUGCUCGCUUGGUCGGACAUCCCCGUGUUGGUAUGGUCAGCUGACCUUUCAGCGGUGCUGCACGACGAAGUCAUCUGCCCUCCCACAGGGCGGAUUUGGCUUGCCCAUUUGGGACGUUUGGGAUUUUCGAAAGGAGUCUGCGUGCUGGCCAUCUCCGAUAAUCACGUCGACAUGCUGCGGAUUGACUCUCCCACAAAUGUGCGCCUCCGAUGCAUGGGGCAAGAACCCCUGGGCGCUCAUGAAGAGCUGCUGCAAGAAGCCGGGUCUAGAAGUUAGAACGCAUCUCUUGCCAGAGCCUCUUCUUAAAGGCUGUCAUCAGAGGCUGUACUAUGAGGAGUCAUUCUUGCAGCUCCAGGGUUACUGUCUCGGCGUGCCCCGGCUUCGGCCGGAUCAGCUGGGCGGCUACGUGGCUUACUAUCACCGCACUGGGGAUGCGCUGCCCACCAUGUUGGAAAUCCAAACAGGCAUGAGUCAUCGAAAGGUGAAUGGCCUGGAGUUGUGCCCUCCAUCCAUGAUGCUCGCGAACCUCCUCCAGAUCGAGAGGGACAGCAUCUUCACUCCCCCCAUGCACACCCUGGCAGCUUUGGCCAGCGUCAAAGAGUUCUGGCGAAGCCUGCAGGGAUACUUCAAACUGGCGCCGGCCAGCAACGGGAGUCUCCCGGAACUUCGUGCGGGUGCCGGAAAUUGGUUGAAUGUAACGAGCAACAGCAUCCGGGAAAGUUUCCUGCGCAUCGACUCCCAGGUAAGGGAACUGGCAUCUCUGGCCAAUCGCAGGAAGAAGCAUGGCUUCAACGUGAACCUUGUGAUGCCCGUAUGCGGUGAUCAUGACAUGGAGCACCUAGACACGAUGGAGCGUUCGGUGCUACAGGAAACACGGCCGUUGAACGAUGUGAUCGAUCUCUACAUCUACGACGUCUGCUUCCGAUUCUGUGAAUCUGCUGCCUACGGCCCGGAGAAUGAUGUAGAGGUAGAGCUGGACCUUCGCACCGGUUCAGAACUGCCAGGUUCUGCGUUUGCCCUCCGACAACUGCCCGAGUCGCUUCUCCGACUGCCUACUGGCGAAGUCGCGCCGAACUUGCACCACGUCUUCAGGCACUACGACGACCUUCCAGAUUUUAUGAUGAUCCUCCACCCGGACGGCUAUGAGCACAUCGAGAUCUUUGCCCUCGUGUCAGUGCUCAACUCCCUAGCCUUGAGGAUCCUUCGACUCGGGCAAGGAAGCGCUCUGUUUUCCGAGGAUUCCUUCCUGGAGCGUUACACGACAAGGGAUCCGACGGGUCCAUACUGUCAGUGGGUCGAGCUCGCCUGGGAACUCCUCUUUGACCGACCACCGCAGCUUCCGGAAGACGACCUCUGGGCCCAUUAUGACUAUGGGGGCUAUGACUUUGCCCAGUACAUCGCAAGCCGGAAAGCUGCACAGAGCAGGCCGAAGGCGUUUUGGCAAAAUGCCUGGCGCGCUCUUUGCAGCGCCAGCAACUACCAACUGCUGCUUGGAACGAAGUUUAUUUCUUGGAGGGAGCUGAGUUCCUCAGAAGAAGCACGGGGAGCUGACUCCUUCCAUAAGGGGCUUACUACGGCUUUUGAGCAUCUCUACCAUGUGAUCUUCAAUCCUGGAGCAAAGACGUGGCUCUGGCCAACGCGACUACGCGAUCCGUCGCUUCCUUUGGGACUGAAGUUUGCCAUGGCAGGCAAUCCGACACUUAGUUCUCCAUUAGGGUUUAGGGUUAAGGAAAUACAAAACUUUCAAUUAUUUUUGGCCUCUUGUAAUAUGGCAGUAAUUUGA